GAUGCCAUAUUGAGCGAGAGGAGAGGCUGCAACUCCUGGGGAAAGGAGCUUAGCGGAGGCAUCAGCUACAUACACACAGCCCCCCCAGCAAUAGCAACUCAGGAUGGCUGCUCUAGUCGGGAGGAAGGCGUCACAGAGUGAAGACUUAAGAAAUUUGAAUCUUGCUGGCCAUGUUGGAUUUGACAGCCUUCCAGAUCAGCUAGUCAACAAAUCAACAACACAAGGAUUUUGCUUUAACAUUCUUUGUGUAGGUGAAACUGGUAUCGGUAAAUCAACAUUAAUGGACACAUUGUUCAACACUAAAUUUGAAAAUACACAAGCAUCCCACACUGAACCUGGUGUCCGGUUAAAAUCGAGCAGCUAUGAACUACAAGAGAGUAAUGUACGGCUAAAGCUGACCAUUGUAGAUACAGUAGGAUUUGGAGACCAGAUAAACAAGGAAGACAGCUACAAACCUAUCGUUGAAUACAUUGAUGCACAGUUUGAAGCCUACCUCCAGGAAGAGUUGAAAAUCAGGCGUUCCUUCUACAAUUAUCCUGACUCAAGAAUUCACACCUGUCUGUACUUCAUUGCACCCACAGGACACUCACUGAAAUCCCUCGACCUCGUUACCAUGAAAAAGUUAGAUAGCAAGGUGAAUAUAAUCCCCAUCAUUGCUAAAGCAGACACAAUAUCCAAGAGUGAACUACAUAAAUUCAAGAUCAAAAUCAUGAGUGAAUUAGUCAGUAAUGGCGUGCAGAUUUACCAAUUCCCAACGGAUGAUGAAACUGUUGCCGAGAUCAAUUCAACAAUGAACGGCCAUCUUCCAUUUGCUGUUGUUGGCAGCACUGAAGAAAUAAAGAUUGGGAAUAAAAUGGCGAAAGCUCGGCAGUAUCCCUGGGGAAUUGUACAGGUGGAAAAUGAAAACCACUGUGACUUUGUGAAGCUCCGCGAAAUGCUGAUUCGUGUAAAUAUGGAGGAUCUGAGGGAGCAGACACAUGCACGUCAUUAUGAACUGUACAGACGCUGUAAGCUGGAGGAAAUGGGUUUUAAAGACACAGAUCCAGACAGCAAACCAUUCAGCCUACAGGAGACCUACGAAGCAAAGAGAAAUGAAUUCUUGACUGAGCUUCAAAAAAAGGAAGAGGAGAUGAGACAGAUGUUCGUCAUGAGGGUGAAAGAGAAGGAGGCUGAGCUGAAAGAAGCUGAGAAGGAGCUUCAUGAGAAGUUUGAUCACUUGAAGAAGACUCACCAAGAUGAGAAGAAGAAACUUGAAGAUAAGAAGAAGGACCUAGAGGAUGAAAUGAAUGCAUUCAAUAAGAGGAAAGCAGCAACUCAGCUGCUUCAAUCACAGGCUCAGCAAGCUUCCCAGACAACCAAGAAGGACAAGGAUAAGAAGAAUGCAAGCUUCACAUAAGCAACCCUGGCAAGUCAAGGAUGUCACCUAUCCAUCUGCUUAGCUGUAACGUGUCUGGCAUCAGAAUAUCCAUCCAUUUAGAAAAAAAAUUGAGAGAACAUUAACAGUUAUCUUUUCAUAUAGGAAAAUCCUUUCAAGAACAUUCCAUGAAAUGGAGGAGGGGUACAACUUAAAAUUGAAACAAACUGAGGGGGCAGUGAGGAGAAAGGGUGAAGUCUUAAUGCUUUGAAAACAGAAGCUAACAUAAUAGGACAGUUAUUAUGAACAGGAGAGUGGUCAGCCAUGUAGUUGGGGAGCAGUGAUGGAUAUCAUAGCUAUUUCCCCAACCCCUUUCCAUUUUGAAGUGUUGCAGGAACCAAAUCUGAAAGAGAUGAUUUCCAGUUUACUCGUUUACAGAUAGUAAAUAGUAUACUUUCUUUUGCCUAUUGCUACCAUAAGCAGCAGCCUAUUUAGGAAGUAGAAAAGUUCAUUCCAGAUCAUCUAAAAUUAAUCUAAUAUUCCCAGUUUCCUUGAUAUGCUUCAGUUAUUAUUAAUAAGAUGGAAUUUAAAGUAAUAUUUGUCCCUGUUUUUAGUGUGCUGACUACACAGGUCAAAGUUGUUUCUUUUAACCCUUUCAUGCCAUACACCAUUGGAUAGAUUCUCCUUUUGAUGCCUUUCCAAAGAGAAGUCAACUAUUGUUCCUCUGUGGCUGCUAUGGAUUUGUAUCUGCUCUCUUUUGUCUUGGUAGUGCCUCUUGCUUAUUUUGAACAUACCAACCUAUUUUAAACAAGGACUAAUGUUACUACAGCAGAGUUACACAGCUUCAAACCUUCCAAUGGCAGGCUUCAGUUUUGCUCACCAGCCAAACAUGGCUCAGGAAAGAGAGAUGUUAAUAUCCAUGUUGGCCUGUGCAGAAGCAGUCUUAAUACCAACCUGCAUUUAACCUUCAGCAUUUACAUUUCAAUCAGCAGUGCAGUUAACUGUACAUGUACUUGAAAACUUUGCACAUUAAAACUUAUGAAAGUUUACCACCUUACAGAUUGGAUCUGACCUUUGAAUGAAACUUGUCAUCUUUUAGUACAUAGGAAUUAUAAAUCAGAAAAACAACUCUUUUAAAAGAUAUCUUUACUGGGGGUUAGCGUUUAAACUGAUAUUCAGUAAUCUUGAAAUUCACGUUUCUUCUUGGGGUUGAAUUCUCAUCUGAGUAUAUACUAAAUAUUAGUAUAUAUUUUUCUAUAAAUAUCAAUUUCAAUGCUGACAAGCUUUACAAUGUUAAUGUAUCAUUGAAUAUCAACUGCACUGUGUUUGGUUAACUCAGUAGCUCUUUAGUUCAUUUUCAAUAACGACUUGUCCUUCAGUUUGUCUCAGUUGGGUAAGACCACCCUCAAUGCCAGUUUCUAUCUUUACAUUGUAUGUGAUAAUGGAGAAGAUUAUGGGGGCAUGGCGAGAGGAAGAUGGAGACAGCAUCAGAAUCUGUUGCACCUCCAAAUGCCUGGGCGAUUAUUCUCAAGUCAUAUUAAAACCAAUCAUCUUUCUCUGACCUUCCCCAGUAAACUAUAGCAAUGACUCCUAUUUUAAUUGGUAGGAAGGGGUGGUGGUGGGGAAUGAAGCAGGACUGGAAUUCAGUAAGUACAAAUUUUUCUAUUGAUGACUUUAUGGUAAUCAAAAUUUUAACAUUAGUCCUUAAUCCAUAAUCUUGAGGACGUGUUAAUCAUAAGAAAGUGCUUUUAACUGCACAUCUUUCCUGGGCCAUGUUUAGCUGAUUACCCUAGCAGCAGUUUUAUUUUGUUUUGUAUGUCUUCUGCCUUGUUUUCACAGUAAUCCUUGGCUCUGCACGGAAUAACUAAUAUCCCACAAAUCUAGUUGGAUUGUACUUUCACCUAUGCAUGUAAGUAUGGCAGUUGGAACUUUUGUAUUCUUGCGAUGAAUAUAUAGCCCAAAGGAUUUGUUGCCUGUGCUCUGGCCUCUGAUCUAACCCAUUUUGAUAACAGAAGGGUUCAGAACUCUGGCAGAAAUACUUCUAGGCCAGUCUGGUUUCCCCACUGUGAAGUGUUCCACCAGCUGCCUCUACCACACUCAAAUUUUACUUUGCUUUCGGCUCUGCCAAAUAGUUUGCUCACCAAGAUGCCACAUUUAUUUUUGCAUUUACUGUGCUCCACUUUAAUGCAGUUAACACUUAAGAAAUGUUUUAAGUUCAUGUAGAUUUCUCUGUAUUUUUAUAUGAAUUGCAGCUGCUUAAUCACCUUGUUGCUGAACAUGUUUAUUGCAGUUUCUCCAAGAUGCACCAUUACGUACAUAUGUGUACCUUGACCAGUCAUUUUUAUAUUGCUUGUAUGAAGUCCUUACUUAAAGAUAUGAACACGUACUACACAACAAUGUAUUUAUAUGCCUUUUUAUGCUUCCUGCUUUCUAUUUGUGAAUUUAUAUGGGGAUUUGGGAGGGGGGAUGGGGUGGAAUUAGUAAAUCCUUGAAUAUAUUUCAAACAAAUUUUGUAUCUCAAAAGACAUGAUUAGAGUUAUGUGUAUUUAGCUAAAUGUUUAUUGCUGUUAGGUUUCCUAAAAUGGUCGUGUAGUAAUAAUGGUUAAUUUUCUGAUAGUAUUAUAAAAUACUAAGCUAUUGGUUAUAGCCACACUCUUGAGUAUUCCAGAGCACAUAUAAAUAUAAUGGUGCCAGCACGGAUACAUUUUAUUCAAAUGGCUGUUUUUGUAAGACCUUUCUGUGUAGUGUGUGGUUAAAUGUUUUUUUGUACCACCAAAAUAUUACACAAGUAAGAUAACCACAAGUGCACGUCACACUGUUGUAAUCAUGUCCCAAUAGUAGGGAGCCAGAAUCUGAAUAUACUGCAUCCUGAGUGAAUUCAUAGUGUUCACAUGUAUCUUAUAAUUUUUUACAUUGGAAUGUUUUAUUGUGUGAAGUUUUGAUUUACAGUGUAAGCUGCCGUCUGUCCUUUCCUGUUGUUCAGUCAAUGCAUUGUUUGUUGUAUGUGGCUUACUGAACGAGCUUGCAAAAAGUGUAUUGCUUUGUCAAUUAUUGUUUCUGUAAACCUGCAUAUGCUCCUGAUUCUUUUGACUGUGAAACUAGGAGUUGGAUAUUUCUUAUGUUCAACAUUUUCACUGGUGUUCAUACAGUAUCUUGUGUGGUUGGGGAGGAAUGGUAUCUUCACAGGGAGGAAAAAUAUUCAUGUAGAGUCCAAUUUGUGAUUUAAAAAUUGUAAGAAUUUAUUAGGGGAAAUACAAACUUGUGUGCUUGUCUAUUAAAAAAAAAUAGCUUCCAGUGACCCAGUAGCUGAAUGGUCUGGUGCGUAAUUAAGCUAUGUAAAUCUGAAGGCUGAGUUUGCUGAUCUCAUUUGGGAUAGCUGUAGUUGUGCGAUUAUCCUUAGUCAGUCAGGAAGGGAAAACAUCAGCCAGAUAUUCCUGCGCAUGAUCACUACCCACUGAUUCCUACUGGAAAGUGCACAUGCAUGGUUGGCAGAUGGAGACAUGGGUUGGGCUCUGCUGUGAUGUCUGCUGCAGAUGAAUAUUUUGCUGGCACUUACUACCUAAAUUCACAGUUGAAGGUGGCCAAGUUAUCAGAUGGUAGCUAGCGCUAAGGCAACUGCACCUUUAAGUAUCUUCAGUUUAAGGAGGGUGAGUUGACAAUUAUGAUGAUUUCCUUAUUCCAAUAACUUGCCUUUCGUUCAAGAUAUUUCACUGGUGCAUGACGUUCCCAGUUUCAUCCCAGGGUCUGGAAGUACACUUGGUCAUUUAUUAGGUUCUAUUCCAUUUUUUUCUCCUUUCAUCUGAUGUCCGUUUAACCGAUUUUCUUUAAUUUUCCUCUGUAGCUUCUUUAUCUAAUUGUUCUGCUGCCUGUCCCCUUCUCCACUGGAUGAGAUUCCUAAAGCUUUAGAAGAGCUAAAGUAUGUUCACACACCAUGCAGAAGAAUUCUUUCUUGGGUCAUCACAACUCCUGCUUCUUUCUGGUCACAUUUGUUGUACUGUAGCAUGUUGAAUAUGUCAGUAUUUUAUAGUUUUGACAUGGAGAAAAAUCCUAAUAAAAUAAUCUACUUGUCACAGGAACAAGAUUAUACAGUGCAAUAUUUGUAAACAGUUGACCUUCUUUGAGUUUGUGAUUUAUCUAAUGUUAUUUGUGUAAUCAUUCUUUAUGGCAACAGAGUGUACACUCAAUGUUCUGUCACUAAUAAUUCUUGUUAUCACAUUGUUUCAAAUUUUUUUUUAAUAGUUUUGCACUAUUUCUCCUCCCCCUUCUCUAAUGCACAUAUGCAACCCAAACUAACAAGCUUCUUAAAAUGACUGAUGAAAAGUACGUGAUUUUUGUCAAUUGUAACUGACUCUCCUGUACAAAAUUGAAUUAGCAUGGAAAAGACUGAUUGACCCUUAAUCGCAUCAUACAAUGUUGACGUUUAAUAUUUUUAUCACAAAGCUUUCAGAAAAGGGGAUAGUUAAGGAAGAUCGAGGUUUUUAUAAGAGACCGAGUUACAAUUUUGUUAUUUGUUUCAAGUUUUAAUGUAUCAUACCAAGACCACUUUUAAUAAUAUGUGUACCCAAAUGAAAAGCUUGUUCUUAGGUUUCUGCGAAAAGAAACAUUUAGUCUCUGGAUUGUACUUUAGCCUACUUAAUACACCAUUUGUAAACUUGGCUUAAAUGGAGCAAUUACAUCCUUUACUGAUUUAACAGUAAAUAAUUGUUAGCAUUUCUUCAACAUUAAUUUUUUUAAGGAAGUUUAAAGUAAACUAAUUACCAAGUCAAUUUGACAAUGACUUCUACAUCAGAAUAAAUGCUAGUUAAUGUAAAAUGUACAAAAAGUACAAGAAUGCUGUAAUACUGAGGUGGUCUUGGAUGAAAAUUGUCCUAUUGCAAUUAUACCAGUUCUUCAGAUGUGCAAUGUCGUUGAUCUAGUAGAGUAUGCUUUUCAGUAACCAGCCAUAUAUUUUAACCAUUGACUUGGAGACUGUGAAAAGUGAAGUUCUAUAAGAAAAUAAACUGAUUUUAAACCA